AACCGCUUGGAUAAAAAAAAAACAAAAAAAAAAAAACAGCUGAAGUAUUGUAUUACACCAGAGGAACCUGACUACCCUUUAAUAGGACAAGGGCGACACAAAGUAACCCGACUGGUCACGCUCUUUAUAUCUCUCAGAUAUGACGCGGAAAUUAAGAGCAUCGAUAUUUGAUUUGACACCAGAAAUUUUGGUCUCAAGUUAUGCCAGAAGACGCAGCGUGGGGCUCGACCUGUAACGGGACUAUGGAUUUAAGCUUGAAGUAGUUGCUUGUUCUUCUGGUCAUCCUGAGGGACCUUUUGAAUUAUAGAGCGUCUCAACGGCAUAAGACUGUUGACUGGAGCGCAGCGUAACAGGUCGUAAUGCCGCACUAUUGGACGGUACCGAACAGGUGCUACUUAGACAUUUCUGGUUUUAAAUCAAAGGGACGUAUGAGCUGACAUAUAUUUUGAGGCAACAAACAUGAUAUAGCUAUAUAAUAUAAGAAUGAAUAUGUAAGGUUAUUGUUAUUUUAGCUUGACUGAAGGAGGGGAAAGACCUGGGAUUUAUUACUGUAUUAAGAGAUUACAAGACAUGCGAAAUUAUUCAUUAUGCUGACAUGUCAGGAAUCAUGUCAUAGCACUGUAGCCACAGAUUUGGGCCCUUUUUCUCUCAUCAUGAAUAUUACUGCUUCAUUUGGAUACUGAUGGGUGUUUGUGCUGCCAGUCUAAAGAGCCUCCACCAUGGGAUGUGUACAGAGUGUAAAACUCAAGCCAAGUUUUCAUGAGAACAUCACAGUCCUGGAACUGCAAGCCUCCAUUGAUCCUAGUCCGACUGUCAUCGAUGAGUCAUCUAAUGUGGUUCUGCGAUACCGUACGCCUUACUUCAGGGCAUCAGCUCAGGUGCAGGUGCCACCCAUGCUUUGCAAAGAUAUCUGGACCGUUGGCUGGAUCCAGGCUUGCAAUCAAAUGGAUUUCUUCAAUAUAUAUGGGAAUGAAGGAGUAUCCAGCUGGGAGCUCCCAGAGCUGAAAUGUGGGCAGAUCCGGGCCAUUAGUGAUUCAGAUGGUGUGAAUUACCCCUGGUACGGCUGCACCACUGAGAUGUACAUGAUGGUGGGUCCCACUAAGAAGAGCACCAAACUCACCACCUGCAUGAAUGACAACUUCUGCCCAAGUGUGACGUGGAGUGUCCCAGUGGGCACCACCAGCAGUCCCACUCUCCUGAGCUCCAUCCAGAGGGACCAACACUUCACCACAUGGCUCGUGGCCAUGAACGAAACCACAGCUGAGAUGGUGCUACUCCGAACCAUCCGCUGGAGGAUGCAGCUCUGCAUUAAAGUGGAUCCAAUGAAGCCUCUGGGUCAAAGAGCCACAGUUGUGGAGCCACUGAUCCAGGAACAGCCUCAAGUCCUGGUCAGAAAUGAACCUAUCCCAACAAACGCCUUGCUUAAGCCUAAUGCCAAUGAUGCACAGGUUCUAAUGUGGCAGCCUAGAAAUGGGGAGCCCAUUGUGGUCAUACCCCCAAAAUAUUGUUCCAAUGAAGGAUAUUUACUUCCAGCUUGAACUGAAAUGAUUCAAUAAUGCUCAGUUAAAUGAAGAAUGGCAUGGAGUGAGUAUGAGAAUGAUCAACAGGGUUACUGAUUUAAAGUUUUAAAAGAACAAAUGUAUUAUUUGUGUAUUUAUUGAUGGUUGAUAGGCUGUUUGAAAAGAUAGUCCACCUAAAAA